AUGAGUAGCAGUGGCGAAAUGAAAAUGUACGGCAGCAAAUUCAUCGUCAAUGCCUGCCUGCACUCAUCUAUAUCCAGAAACCUCGAAAAAGAAUACAGUGAGAGAAGAGAGUUCAAGGAAGAGGACACCGAUGAUGAGCUUGUUUCUAUUCCGCUUGUUCACUGUGUGCCAACUCUGAAGAUCAAUAUCGCCAGGAAUUCCGAAGUGCGCUCAAUGCUGAACUCAUUCCUAGACUCGAUGCAUUACCCAUGGACUCCUUGGUUUGAGAAACCGGUCUGUCCGGAUUACUGGCCAGCUGCCAUCCCGUUUUAUGAUCCCAGCAGCAAUCUCCUUGCUCUGGAAAAACUUUCACGGCAAAAAGAAAUGAAAGCCCAUUCGAUUGUUGAUCUUGAAAGAGAUAUUUUGAAAUACGCCUACAAUCACUAUGCCUACUUCAUGGAGUAUCAUUUCGGGAUUCGCGAACCAGGGUCUGGUGAGGGGCAGCAAGGCGAAGAAGACAGACUACGAGUAAAGAGCAGGAGUCAGCAGUCGAUUGGGAUUCAGAGCGAGUCAGCAGCCCCAGAGGUGCCUCAAGCGGGGCCAAGUGGAGAGUUUGAAGCAGAAGAAACGAAGCCUAGCGAAACUGCAUCACAGCCAAGUUCACAACCUACAGGCGAAAUGUCACCAAGUACCGGUUUCGCUUCAACAUUUACUCACUACCAUUACAAAAUCCUUGACAACCAGUUGAUUAUCGUUGAUAUGACCUGA